AUGCUCAAUCGUCAGAACGAAAGAUUGACGAACUACGAGAAUCUCGGGUUGUAUGAUCGACCUUCUAGCGCUUAUGGCAUCUCACCCCCAGACUCGAGGUGGAAUCGCGACAAUACCCACAAUUACCGAUCUCGUUCAAAUUCGACCUAUAAUGCAGACCAAUACGAUUCUUCCAACUUGGGACGCCUUGCGUACGCAAAUGAGCGCCUUAGCUCUGCGAGAGUACAGCAAGCCGAACAAGCAUUGCGAAAUUUCCACGCCAAAACUGGGCAACUAUACGGUUCUUCCACGAAUGGCUACAAUAACGGGGGACAUUUACCAUAUCUUCACCAGGAUUUAGAAGCACCUCGGAUGAGGGCUAUCGAUCUGAUGUCCGCUGGUGGCUCCUCUUCCUGGAACACCCCGAGGUCACUCAGUCACGGGGAUUACGAGUAUAUGUUCCCCGCCCGCGCCAAUUAUUUGAGUACUGAGUUUGGAAACUUAGGCUUAUCAAACUAUCAUUCAAGACCUUCUAGCAGAAUGUGGGGAAAUGGUGAUUACAACACGCCUUUGAGGCGCUCUUCUAGUGGUACUGCCUUGGCUGGAUAUGGUUGCGCUUAUUAG